AUGGACAAUUCAUCCGAAUAUAUCCGCUUAUUUUCUGGGGAUAUAUUUGGGACUAUUAAGGAAGUAAUCUUUGACAAGUCUGAAAUAGAUUUAAAAACCAAAACAAGUGUUAAUACAAAGUCUACAGAAGUAAAUAACUCUUUGAAUAAUCGUAUUACAUAUAUAGCAUGGCGUGAAAAGGAGUCCGAUGGACUAUCCUUACUAAGUGGAAACUGUAUAGAAAGAAUAAUAUUGGAUAAUGAUUCCAGUACUAUAUUGAACGAAUUAAUUAUCGGACGCAAGAAUGGUAUUGUUGAGUUACUUCAUAUAUCACUACUGGAUAAUAAAUUAUCCUUUAGAACUAAAUUUAUAUUUCCAUCGAGCAUUAUUUUGAUUCAAGAUGUAACAAAGCAAUAUAUAAAAUAUAGUGAUAAUAAAGAUGAAUUAUUUUUAUUAGUAAUUGAUUCAAAGUGUCAUCUAUGUAUUUUCAAGUGGAAUUGUGCAGUUAAACAUAUGUAUAAUGAAGAUAAUGAAUUUAUAAAGGUUGACACUUGGUUUUUUGAAGAAAGGGGAAGUACUCCUGAUUGGCUAGUACAUUCUACAAUUUUACCUGGCUCAAAUAUUUUAGCUGCUACAUAUAAUAGUGUAAACAAUUCUGUUGCUUUCGGAGGUUAUGAAAAUAAUUUAAAAAUUUAUUCAUUAAAAUUAAUGAAGAUUACUUGGAAAUGUAGAAAUGUCAGUUCAAAUGCUCUUAAACACAGAAUCCCAGUUUAUAUUAGAUGCCUUGCAUUUGUUCAGUUAGAUCCUCAAUUAUUAUUAUGUGGUACAGGUACAGGUGAUAUUAGAUUAUACAGUCCUACAGCUCAACGAAAGCCAAUAUUUAGUAAGCAAAUUUGGGAAGAUAAGUCACCAGUAACUUCAAUAGCUAUUGCCAAGCAAUGGAGUUUAUUUAAAGAUAUAAAUAAUACCUUUGGAUGCGUAGCAAUUGUUGGGAAUAAUAUUGGUUCAGUAAGUAUUAUUAAAUUAAGUGCAAAGGAAUCUGAUAAGUCCCCCAUCGACUUUUAUGUUACUCCAACAAAAAGGCCUUCAGCUUUAGCUAAUAUAUCAUUCAAACAACAUAAAAGGCAGUGUAUACAAAAGGGUGAAGAGAAUAAAAUCAAAGCAAUAGUUCCAAAAUACUCAAGAGAGAAUAGUAUUAUUAUUGAAUAUUCUGUAAUGGGGAGCCUCAAGGGAAUAAUGGGGGGUAUAUCCUGUAUAAGCUGUUUGAGGCUCAAAUAUUGUAAGAGUGACUCUACAAAGGUUUUGGUUGCAAUUACAGGUCCUGGUAGAUUUAUUUAUAUAUAUGAUUUGACAAAAAGGAGAAUGAUAAAGAAGAUUCAUACACAUCAGAAAAUGUGUUUUAUUUUAUGGGAUCCUAGUAUUAAAAAGGAAGAAAAGUGA